CUCAAGUACACUGCGCAAGUUUCAAUUGGUGCGUUACUCUGGAAAACUCGUGGUUAUAUGCUUUAGUUCGGCCACCAUUUCCUAUAAAAUUGUUAAUAUAUUGGUACUUGCAAGCAAAGUAGAAUCUCUCCAUGUCUAAUAAUAUUCGUGGCGCCUUAGCUGAAGCUAAAGAUCGCCUUCAAAAUGUAGAUACUUCCAAGUAUAAUUACUUCACACAAUUUCCUUUAUCAAAAGAAACUUUAAAAGGCUUAAAGCAGUCAGGUUUCACAAAGCCUACAGAUAUUCAAAAAUUAGUUCUAAAACCAGCUCUUCUUGGAUCAGAUGUAGUCGUUGAAGCACCGACUGGAAGUGGUAAAACUAUUGCCUUCUUAAUUCCUAUGCUCGAGUUACUCUAUGCGAAUAAAGUCUCCACAUUGGAUGGUCCAGUGGCUAUUAUACUGACACCGACACGUGAAUUAUCACGACAAAUCUGUAGUGUAUUGAUGAAGAUUGCUUCUCAACAUCGUUUUACUAUCAUGAAUAUUAUGGGUGGUAAACCGACGGCUUUAAAAACUCAAGAAUGGAAUAGUAUAGCUCGAGCUAAUAUUCUCAUUGGUACACCGGGUAGAAUGGCCCAGCAUCAAACAGAGAAUUCACUUUUGGAUACAUCCAAUUUACGUUUACUUAUAUUAGAUGAAGCUGAUCGUCUAUUGGAUCCAACAUUUCGACAAGAUGUGGAGAUAAUUCUUCAAAAUUUAACACCUGAUCGACAAACUUUAUUAUUUUCUGCAACUUUAACAAAAGCUACAGAUCAACUUGUUCGUCUUAAUAUGCGUAAUCCAGUUGUCAUAUCCACAUGUCAUAAUAAAAUUGUUAAGGAUGAUAACAAUAAUAAUAAUAAUGACAAUCAAAAAGGCGAAAAAUUACGUACACCAGAUGAACUGCUUCAAUAUUAUGCCAUCGUUCCAUUAGAACAAAAGUUGGAUACACUUUGGACAUUUUUACAAAGUCAUUGUAAGAAAAAGAUUAUUGUAUUCUUUUCAACACAAAAACAGGUUCGAUUUGUUUAUGAAUUAUUUCAACAGUUGAGACCAUAUUUUAAAGUUUUACAAUUACGUGGUAAUAUGAAUCAACAGAAACGUUUUCAAGUUUAUGAUCAUUUUGCUAAUUGUCCACAAGGUUCAGUUCUAUUGGCAACAAAUUUAGCUGAACGUGGGUUAGAUUUUCCCAGUGUACAUUGGGUUGUACAAGUUGACUGUCCACAUCAUAUUGAAGAUUAUGUACAUCGUGUUGGUCGAACUGCUCGUCAUGGUCAUGUUGGCAGAUCAUUGUUAUUUCUACUACCAUCUGAAAGUAAUCUGGUUGAUAUUCUUUCUAAACGAUCUGUAAUCCUUAGACCAGUAAAAUUCCCAGAAUCAAAACUUCAUUGUAGAGUGUCUAAAGAAUCGCCUAGUUUAUUAGUCCGUAAACUUGAUUUAUCCUGUUCAGCGCGUUUAGCCUUCACGGCAUAUCUACGUGAUUAUUGUUUAAUGGCAAGAGGUAAUAAAGGGAAAAAGCAAAAACAGCAACAACAACAGCACAAUACUGAUGAAAUACUCAGUGUAUUUAAUGCACAAUCUUUACCAAUAGAAAAAUUUGCAAAUUCUCUAGGAUUACCAUUCAUCUCUUCACUGCCAAAAGAAUAUCUUGAGCUGGUUCCAGAGGCGGCCAAAUUUAUCAAAACAUUCCCCGCUGUCUCAAAAUUAUCCGAUGAUAAUAAUGUGGAUAGUGAAACUGGUGAAACAGUUAACGAUACGCAUAAAUUGAAUACAGCACAAGUUGGCGCAUCACUUUCAAAUAAGACGAAAAGCGUAAUCAUCUCUGAAGUUGACAAAGACGACAACGAUUUUGACGACGACGACGACGAUGACGGUGAUGAUCUGUUGAUUAGAAAACCGUCAAAUGAUAAUCCUACAACGAACCAAAUAGGUGUAAAACGUUUAGAUCUUGUAGAAGAGUAUAGUACAGAUGAAGAGAAUUCACUGAAUGAAACCAAUCUAUCAGUUAUGUCCAAGUCUGCAAAUAAAAUGAAAAAGUUGAAUCGUAUACAAUUGGCUAAAAAAGAAUUGAAACAAAAGAUUCGACCACAUCGAAAAUUGGUGUUUGAUGAUGAAGGUCAUGUGAUAUGCGAAAAAAUUGGUGAUGUACCAGUUCCUAAACUGCCUAUAAUUGAUGCUGAAGUUAAACCUGGCGAAACAUUAGACAUUGAACGUGAACGUCAGCUACUUCAUGAAGUGAUUGAUAAAGAAGAUAAGAGGGUAUGGCGAGAACGUGUUAAACGUCAACAUCAAAUUGAGCGUAAAAAGUUGAAAGAAAAACGAAUUCAAUUAUCACAAUCAUCAUCAGCUGGACCAAAAGUUUCCUUGGAAGAAGGUUCAUCAUCGGAUUCGAAUGAAGAGUCUGAAUAAUAUAUGAUAACAUUCUGACAGUCAAUUUC